AUGAAUGAGGAAACUUUACCAGUCAAUGAAUCAUCACUACCACGUAUUCUGAGUUUGACAGAACUCCCUGACGAGAUAUUAAACAAAAUCAUUGAUUAUUUAUGCACUGAUCAGGUGACACCACGGUCCAAUAAUAGCAAAUCAUUAAUUGGUUUCCCUAAAUACACCUAUAUUUUGAACCAUAUUAGAAUAGGUUCUCUUUAUCAUGAUAUUUUAGCAUUAUCUUCAACAUGUACAUAUUUCCGGAAAAGGUUAGCUCCAAUAUUAUUCCAAUCAUUGAGUUUAGUCCGAACAAAUCAAGUUGAUGCCGUGUUGGAAUCUCCCAAAUCACAACAAUUGUUCAGCGAUACCAAAACAAUCCAACAACAUUUUAUGAAAGAGUUGAUUGUGAAUAAUAUUGAGCAAUGUGAAAGAGCAGCUACAACUUGGACAAGUUUUCAGACGAAUACAUUCGAUGAUAAAAUGUUUAAAUCUAGAUACGGAAAAUAUUUAAUGAUGACAAGAUUUGUGAACUAUUUGGAAUGUGACAAUUCUUUCUUAAAUGGUGAAGGCAUAAGACUUUUUUCCAAUCUAACGGCUUUGAAAGUGUUAGAUAUUGGAGAAGGUGCGGUUUUUAUGAGUAAUUUUGAACUUGCCAAUCUUCGUUACUUAGCAAUCAAUGCCCAAACUUUAAUCUAUUCUCCACAAUUCUUGAGAAUUGUUCCUAAACUAAAUCGAUUGGACUUAUUUUUGGAUUAUGGGAAUCUUCCGUCUCUAGUAGGUAUUCGACCACUCAUUCAACAAUUUAGGACUUUCUCACAAUUAACUGAAUUGGUCCUAUUGUUAAAUAAUCCAUUCACAAUCGCAUAUUUGGAUACAAUAAAAUUAUUGGAAACUAUUUCUAAAAAUGCCUCAAAUUUUGCCAAACUUACAAUUAGAUAUAUACGAAGGAACAAUGAAUCAACUGUUGAUCAAAGUGGAUGGGAGUUGUAUCAGGGCCGUAUUGGUGGAAAAUUGCUAAAAGUAUUCAAAAAUUUAACUGAUUUGAUUAUUGAUAUUUCUAUAUUGGAUCUCAUAAAGUUUGAUCCAGAAACAUAUUCUUCACCAGUAUUGUAUACUGAUCAUUUGAUGGAAAAACGAAUCACUUUAGUUGAUGAGGUAGUAGUGGGACCCAAUAUUGACUCUACUACCCGUGAAAUAGCCGGUGUUAUUAUUCGUCACUGUCAAUUCACCCAUUUGUUUUUUCAAUAUGGCGAGUCAAUAGAGGAAUCACAUUUGCACGUUUUGAAACUAUUAACUGAUUUUGUGGGUUGGUUGAGCAAUGGUCAUUUGGAUCAGAGCCGCAAUUACUUGGGAAUACGUCAGAUUUCUUUGGAAAAGUGCUGGUCAAUGACAGAUGAUUCAUUACUUCGUGACAUGAUCGGUAGUUCUAUCAAGUCCAAAUCAGAAAGUGAUUUGUCUGCUUUACAAAAAGUGUAUCCUUGGACAACAACGAUUAAUAAUUCCCCAAGAUAUAAAGAUAUCGACAGUUACAAUAUUAAUUAUGUCGAGGAAGCUGGUUUGUCCAUUACUGAUUCACGAGGAUAUUUUAUAGGGGUAUCUGACCAAGAUGCUGAUAGACCGCAGUUUACCAUUGUUGAUAAAAAAAGUGGAAUUCAAACCAUCAAUAUGGAGUUUUGGAGUGGCGAGAGUUCAUUAUUGGAUUUUGAACAAUACUCAAUUCGACAGAGACGAAGUUUGUUAUGGGGGUGA